AUGACGUCGCCGCACGAGCUCCACCUCCCUCGCGGGCUGUGGCUCGAGUCCUCCGCGCACGAGACGCGCGCCCGCGCGCUGUUGCAUCCCGGCGCGCGAGGCGACGACGUCGUCCUCGGAGACGCGGACGCCGACUCGUCCGUCGUCGAAUCGUCGUCCGUCGCCGUCGCGGGGCUGACGCCGUGGCGGUCCGUCGGGAAAGCGCUCGAGAAGCACGUCCACGCGCUCGGGCUGCCGCACACGCUCGUCCUCGCCGGCGAGGAAGGAUGCGGGAAGUCCACCGCGCUCGCGACUCUCGCGGAGAAUCUGCGCGCGAUGGACGCGGAGGAGGAACGCGAGGAGAGGGCGCGCGCGGAAGCGGAGGCGGCCGGAGACGUCUCCCCGCGCGCGCGGAAGAAGUCCGAGCAGCUCCCGCAGAGACGCGCGCCGUACGUCGUCCAUCACUCGUUCGGCGACGCGUCGUUCGGGAACGACGUCGCGCACUUCCUCGAGCGCGCGUGCGCGCAGCUCAGGGCGCGAUUCAACAUUCACGAGCCUCUGCCGACGGACCCGGGGGACCUUCCCGCGGCGUUCGCGUCCUUCUUAGAGCACGCGGGGACGUUCAGGAAGAUUUUGGUCAUCGUCGACGGGCUCGAGUGCGCGACGGUGGCGCCGUUGGCGUCGUUCGCCGCGGCGUCGACCGCGGGGUUGGACCGCCGCGAGAGACGCGUCGUCGUCGUCGACGACGACGACGGCGAAGUGAUGAGCGCCGAAAGAGAGAGAGCGACGGCGGCGGCCCGGUCUCGCGCGAAUCCGCCCUCCUCGUCCAACUUCGCCGCGACCGUGGCGUGGCUGCCGCACUCGCCGCCGCUCGCGGUGCGGUUCAUCCUCGCCGCGAGGGACGCGAAGGUCCCCGCGGAGGACGGCGUCGCGAGGGCGGUGGUCGCGCGGUGCCCCGCGGCGGCGGCGAUUCUGCAUCACCCGUCGUUGGACUCCGAGAGCGACGUCGCGGCGUGCAUGUCAAACGCGCCGCUGCCGGACGGGCUCGACGGCGAGGAUAUCAGGUACCGAGCGUGUCACCCCGAGGUCGCGCGGCUCGUUCUCGAGCGGUUUAACGCAGCCGGCGGCGGCGGGACACCACGCGACGACGACGGAGACGAGAACGCCGCGAGAGACGCGUCCGAACGAACGCCGCGUCCGCGCGUGACCCCUCUGUACGCGCGUCUCCUCGCGCCGAUGACCGCGGAGCUCUGCGCGUCGUCCAUCGCCGCGCCGUCCAUCGAGACCUCCGUCGACGACGAGAUCGAGCUCGUCCCGCUCGCGGUGAAGUCCGCGAUCGCGCGCGCGCCGCGGACGGCGCGGGGGCUCGCGAACGCGACGCUCGCGCGCCUGGAAGCCCGGUUCGGCGAAGACAUCGUGCGCAUCACCACCGUCGUCCUCGCGCUCGCGCGUUUUGGGCUCACGCGGGACGAGCUCAAGGCUGCGGUGACACGUCGGAUAAAGUCCAACCGGUCGCUCGUGCGCGCCGCGCCGGCGGUGAGCAACGCGACGGACGGUCGCGCGGCGCUCUCUUCCCGCGCCGCGGUCGAGAUGGGCGCCGCCGGGACGAUCGGCGGGCGGCGCGUCGAUCGCAUGGGGAAAUACGCGUCGAGGGUCGGCGGGAGCCCCGUCGCGUCGCGGCUGCUUCUCGAGGCGAGCCGCGGACGCGUGUUGUCGCGCGUCGAGACGGGGGAGUUCGACGCGUUGGUGCGAGAGCUCCGCGCGUGGUUGGCGCCGUGCGCGAGCGCGAGCGCGUGGGAGCGCGAGCGCGAGGUUUUCGAGGGGGAUAAGACGGGCGCGGAGCGCGUCGCGGAGGCGGCGGCGGCGGCGGCGACGCGGCGCGGCGAGGAAGGCGACAACAUGCACUCGGUGGACGCGCCAAAGGAGCCAAAGGAAGAAGAAGAAGAAGAAGAAGAAGAAGUAGAAGAGAACGGCGGUCUUCUCGCGGGGUUCGACGAAGAAGCGGAGAUGCGCGCGAUGCGGAAACGUCUUCUCGGCGGCGGCGGCGACGACGACGACGACGACUCCCCGACGAGCCCGCCCCCCGGCGGCGUUCGUUCGGACGCGUCGUCGGCCGCGUCCGUCGCAAACGCGGACGCCCUCCGCCGCCGCCGCGAGGAGUACGCCGCCGCGAACGGCUUCGCCGGCGACGAAGUCCCGUUCGCGUACCGAGACGCGGAGGUCCGAGCCGCGGUGUUGGCGCGGUACGCCCCCGUGGACGCCGUCGGCGGCGACGGCGACUCGCUCCGACGCGGCUACCACGCGGAUCUGUGCGCGCACUUUCUGGACGACGCGCCUCCGGACGGGUACGGGAGCGUCGGCGCGGUCGCGGCGACCGCGAGACGCGUGCGGAGCCGCCGUUCUCUGCGCGCGGGGUUAUGGCACGCGUCCGCGGCUGGACAGACGCACGUCGUCGCGAAGGUGCUCGGAAGGAGAGGCGUCGUCGCCGGGUUAUCCGCGCCGGGGGCGAGGUCGGACGUGGCCGCCGCCGCGCUCGGCCCGGACGGCGUCCUCCCCGCGUCGCUGUGGUCCGCGUGGGAGGAACACUUAGCGUCGUGGAUGGAAGAAGACGUCCGCGGGGUCCCGGGAGGAGGGCGCAUGAUGAGAGACGCGACUACUGCGUCGGCGUCCGGGUCCGACGCGUCCGACGACGACGACGUGGCGGCGACGACGACGACGCAGCCGCCGUCGGGCGAAGCCGCGGGCGCCGCGCUCGCUAUCGGCGCCCUCCUCGCGUGGCUCCGCGAGCCCUCCCUCGCCGCCGCGCUCAUACACGAAGCGCUCGUCGGGACGUACGACGGCAGAGACGACCCGGGGUGGUCCUGGGGCCGCGCCGCGUCGUGCGCGCUGACGCUGGCGCGCGCGGCGAACGAAGCCGCCGCGGGCGACGUCGCGACGGCGGAAAAGUUGACCAGAGACGCGCUCGCGGCGGCGUCCGCCACGGACGUCAACGAGCGGUCCUUCUCCGGCGUCGUCGACUACGGAUACUUCUUCCCGAACGUGUGGCGCGACGCGAUAUUCGCCUCUGGCGCGGGCGCCGGCGUCGCCGUGCGCUCUCCGAAAGCGCUGGUCGCGGAGGCUCGCGAGCUUCUCGCGGACGUCGUCUCGUCGCGCCUCGAAGCCGCGGCGGCGGCGGCGAGCGAGCUGCGCGGCGCCGACGACGACGACGACGACGACGACGACCGCGCGGACGUCGCGCGGUCGGAAAUUCUCGCGCUCCACGCGUUGGAGGUGGAAGCCUGCGAGGCUGCGUGCGCGGCGAGCGCGACGCCCGCGGUGGCGGACGUGUUGCGAGCGGCGCUCAGCGACGCGCCGUCCGUCGCGCCGCCCGCGGUGACGCGUCAGACGAUUUUCAUGGCGUCGGAAACCGCGGACGGCGCUGUUAAGACGCGCGGGCACGUGGAGGACGUCGUGAAGCUUCUCCGCGCGCUUCGAAGGCACUCGGACGCGGCCGCGCGGUUGGGGCACCGAGCGCAGUCGAAGACGUCCGCGGCGCGCGUCAUGCGCGCGCUGGAGACCAUCUUGGGCGCGGACCAUCCGGAGCACGGGUUCGUUCUAUACACUGAUCCCCAUACGACCGCGUUGGCGGGAAACGCCGCGCUCGACGCGGUUGAGACCGCGUCCGCGUCGUGCAACACGCGGUCGGACUACGCCGCGGCGCGGACGAACGCGUCGAGCGCGUACGCUUUCGCGGUCGCGUUCUACGGCCCUCAGUCCUUGCCCGCGGCGAGAGCGGCGUGGUGCCACGCGGAGUGCCUGCGACGCGGCGGCGACUUCGGCGACGCGCGGAAACAAUACGCGCUCGCGUUGGCGGCGACGAUGUCAGUCCUCGGCGCGCGGCACAAGGGCGCGGGCGCGAUGCUGAGCGCGGUCGGCGAGCUCUCGUGCGCGGACGGACGGUUGGACGAAGCCGACGCGCUGUGUCGAGAGGCGCUGUCGAUCGCGGAGGAGGAGCUGGUUGGCGCGGAGCGCGCGGAGGCCGCCGCCGUCGCCGCCGCCGCGGACGUCGUCCACGCCGCCAACACCGGGAAGGGCGCGGGCGCGGCGCCGACGCCGCCGGAAAUCGUCGAGGCCGCGCUUCACGCCGCGGGGGACGCGGAGAGUAGGCGCGUGGACGCGGAGGCGGACGUGUACGCCAGAGCGGCGAGCCUCGCGACGAUCGCGAGGCUGGCCGGGCGGAUCCCGGAGGCGGAGGCGCUGACGCGACGCGCGCUGACGGCGGGGGAGAAAGUUUUGGGUCCCGGGCGGACGGAGCUGUCGCCCACGCUCGCGUCGUUAGGGAGGAUCGCGAUGAUCCGACGCCGCCCGGAGGAAGCGGAGGCGUGUUACCGGCACGCCAUCUCCGUGGACGAGACCGCGGCGGCGAAGGCGAGGGCGGAGACGAACGCGAACGAGAACGCGACGACGACGACGACGACGAAGAAGAAGAAGAAGAAAUCGCCGGCGGCGGCGUCGUUCCGGCACCCGCGAUCCGCGUCGUACCUGUUCGCGAUCGCGACCGUGCACCGCCGCGCGUCGAGAGACGCCGAAGCGGAGGUAGCGUACCUCGCCGCGCUCGCCGCGCUCGAGAGCGUCCCGGUGUCGUACGAGCAUUUAGACAUCAAGGUCAACCCGGGGGAGAUUUUACACGCCAUCGCCGCGAUGUACGCCAACGGAGGCCGUCUGAGCGAAGCCGCGCUGCGAUACGAGCGCGCGAUCGCGCUGGGCGCGGAGCGCAUGCGCGCGGCGGAGUCGCGCAACGACCCAGACCAGUGGAGGGAAGCCUCCGUCGCGGUGUCCGCGCGGCUGUGCCACCUCGGCGACGUCUUCGCGCGACAGGGCAGGGACGGCAACGCGGCGGCGUGUUACCUCCGCGCGACGACGUUUUCGGAGAACAACUUGGGCCGCGAGCACGAGCACUCGGUGUCGUGCCGCGUGCGAUUGACCGCCGCCGGGGGCGUCCCCGCGUGCGCGUCCGGCGUCGGGCACGCCGCGGGCGUCAUGCUCGACGCGGUCAUCGCCGGGGAGUUCCCGCGGAUGAGCACGCCGUUUAAGACGGCGUGGGGGCCGCUCGGCGGCGGAGGGACAACGUCUUCCGCGACGUCGAAGAGAGCCCCCGCGGCGGCGAACGCGAACGCGACUCUGGAGGCCGUCACGCCGGCGGCGCAUCACGGCAGGGAGCGCGCGUCGAAGUACGCGCGCGCGCCGCCGUCGCCGUACCCCGCGCGCGACGCGGGCGAGCGUCCGGGGAGCGCAGCGUCCCGCGGCGCCGGGAGGUGCGUUCUAUACACUGGUCCCCAUACGGCCGCGUUGGCGUGGUGA